AUUGUCAUUGGUCGAUAGGGAGACGUCAUUUCAAUCUUUUGACGGCGUUGCGCAAAUUAUAAUUUUUGACUCUCACUCAUUGCGACUGCCAUGUUUUUUUUCAUGUGGGGUGUAUGUGUAUAGAAACUAUCAUGAUAAUUUCGCCAUAUAAACUACUAAGGAAGCAAGGGGUGCAGUAAGUGCGUAAUUCGUUAAUAGCUAGUGACAAUGAACAAAAUUUACUAAACGCGAAGACCGACUCGAGAGCAAACUACGAACCACUAGCAAAGAUUAGGCCAAAGAAACAAGGAUGUUUUAGUACGCUCGCAUCCUAAGGAUCGAUAUAAGCACACGGCCCCUGGCAAUUGAAAAAUGGACAUUCGAUUUUUGAGCAUUAUGAUUGUGUUUGAUAGCAGCAAAGAUUAUAUCGGGCAGGAUGCGUAAGCAUAAGAGAGGGAGCCAGGCCUACGCCUGCUGGCCUGCUACAUCCAGAGAACUGCAUUCGAUUCCGCACUCCAUCUGAUACUUGCACACAAUACACAGAGGAUAUGCAGUGCCCAAUUGUUCAGGAAAGGGACCGUAACCGGGGAAAUGUUAAAAUGAAGACUUUUAACACUUUUAAGAAUUCUUAUAAAAAGGAGUCUAAUCUGGACAACAUUGUUGAUCAGCUGUGCACAAGACUUCAAGAUAUUAAAGAUCAAGAAAGCGCGUCGCUAAUAGGCAUGCCCACGUGUUCUUUGGAACAAACAGAGGCUGUGCGUCGAUAUUACGCUGCAUUUCCGGCUCUAAAGAAAGGACAAGAGUCGCCAUUGCAGUAUUAUUUGCCGCCACCGGCCUGGUGUCGUAAAAAUACGCCCGAUACGAAGGUCAAGAUGCAAAGUGAACUCUCAAUGUCUAAAGAUUGGAAUUCCAAAAAUAAAAAGUUUUGUCCCGGUAAAGAACGUCGGAACUCGUACCACGGUCAAAAAAAGAAUAACAGAAGACGAUAUAAUAGUUACACUAGAUCAUUUGAGAGUAAAGAAAAUCUACCUGAGUGGAUGACGCACGAAGGCGUUUGGGAUAUGGAAACUCAAGAUCCAGUUAAGGAGUUCAUUAGAGCAAUAGCAUUGGAUGAAGGUUAUGGUACUUGUGAGAACACGGUGACUGACGAUAUUAAAGAUAUAACCCAAGUAAAGUUCAGAUUUAAAGAAAACAUGGUGCCCGAUUGGGAUGACAGCCUCGACCUCGAUGCUGAGUGGGUCAUCACAGAUGAUUUAAACCCACGGGCGAGAUCUCCGAUGGAGGAAGAGCUAUACGCGAAAUUCGAAGCGAAGUUCGAUAGAAGCAUCGAGGCGCUCUGGUCGAAAGACCAGAAUACUCCAGAUGACGAGUAUCAGGACCUGCCGAUCGAUUUUCAAGAUUUACUCUCGUCACCCUCCGAUCAUCUCUUCGCCGAUCCGUCCGCCGAGAAGUGCAGCAUGAUCUCGCUUACUGAGAGCAUUUGGUCUAACGACGUCCCUGACGUUCCGAGUGGCGAGCGAGCCGACCGUGCCGACUCGCCCACCCUCAUCGCCGAGGGUCUCCACGACCGCUUCCGCCCGCUCAACAUCGACGAUACGGAGCCGCCUUGUCCGCGCGAGAUCGAGUCUUUCUCGCUCUACGAUGGCGACGAGCUGUACGAUGCGCUCUCCACCGUCGCCAAGACGAUGCGCUCCUUCACCGCCAUCAAUCACAGCCGGGACCGCAGCGGCUUCGUCGAAGUGCCGCCACGGCGCCGUAGAGACGAGGCGCCGGCUGCGCCGCCACCCCGCGCGCCGCUCAGUACGCGCACUCCCGUUGAGCGCGAAGAUCUACUCACAUCUGCGCGAACGCACUUCCGCCCCAUCCGUCGCGAGGCCGAGGCCGAGCCGACGCGCUACGCCGACGGCGACACUUUUGACAUCCGCGGCGAGCUCGACCCCGUCGAGUUCCGGCGCAGUGAGUCUGGUGGUGUCUACCUCGGCGGGUCGCUCGAGCGGUAUCUCGAGUACCGCGUUGCGCGGAGCAUCGACUACGGCCGACUCAAUCUGACCGCCGCGCAGCGUUGCCCGGAUCUAGACGACCCGGGCUUUCGGCUGCGCUUCCCGGUGCGCCAGAUCGACGCCGGUGUUCAAACCGAGCGCCGUGCGGACGCCGCCUGGGAGUGCGACGAGUGCGGCGGUUCCGCCAAGAAAAUGCGACCGAGCGCGAUCCGCAGCAUCUGGAGCGAGUCGCACGCGUGCGAGUGCGGCGGCGCGACGGGCGGGCCAGGCGGCGGGCCCGGAGAGCGUACCACCGCGCCGCCGCCCGACGAGCUGUCUCGCGAGUGGGAGGAGCUGCUGGAAGACAUAAGCGCGGCGCACCGGCUGUACGCGAGCGAGGCGGGCGAUGCGUGCGACGACGCAGGCGUAGGCGCGGACCGCAAGCGCCGCCACAGCGCGGCGCUGCGCUGCGCGGUGGCACCCUGCUCGCACCCGCACGCGCGCUUCCUGCAUUGCUGCGCUACGGCGCUCGACCGCCCGCUUACGCGCUGACCGCCCGACCCCGAGCCCGAGGACCUACACGCGCCGCCCGGUUAUUCGUUCGUCGGUCGUAUUCGCUUUUGGUAUAGUACCCCUCGAAAUGCGUAGUUUGUAGUUUGUAAAUUCGUUUCGAUCUUUUGAUAUUCAAUUGUAGUGUAGGUGCGAGACCACCACAACCUAGAUUUUUCCUUUUCGAGGGUGACGCGACAUUUGCCCGAUGAAACGAAUAUUAUCGACUUGUUUAAGUGUUUGACUGACCAUCGUUUAUUUUGAAUGUAGACGAAUAUUUCGUCUACCUGUAGUGCCUUGUUCGUAAUAUUAAAAUUUGACGUAAAAUGACAAUUUUCCUCUAGAAAUGCUUCAAGCACUACGACCGACGAAUAGAAUAACUCUGUAGCGAAACGUUGUCAGUAUCGUUUCGAAUAUGUUGGAAUCGUUUUUUACUUCGGGUGCAAAUUUAACGUUUAGCAAAUAGUUUUCAUAUGUUUGUGGCAUGUUACGAGAGAAAAGGUCAGCUUAGCACAGUAUUUACAGGAACUUCAUAUAGUAUUAA